AUGCCCAUUGACAGGAGGAAAGCCCUGGUCAUUGCAGCCGCAAUAGUUGGCAGAAUCUUGGUCUUCGCUUUCUUUCCCCAGCUUCCUGAACUGCUUACAGGACAGGUAGAAGUGUCUACGCCUGUCAGCAGCUACAAGAGAUUACAAGAAGGCCUUUUUCUGUACAUACGCAAUGUGUCCCCCUAUGAAGGCGGUAUUUUCCAUCAAGCACCUCUCCUACUACCGCUUUUCUCUCUUCUGCCUGGCCGAAGUUCUAUAUCCCUGACUACGGGCCUCCUUUACACUCUGAUGGACCUUGCGAAUGCCAAUGCCCUUGCCAAGAUAGCAGAUUCUGGGGAAGCAGUCUCGAGCAGACUCUUCACUUCGCCGCGCAAGGAAACUCGGCUCGAUGGGGCAGCAUUGAGCAUCGCAUACCUCUUCAACCCUUUCACCAUUGCUGGAUGUUUUGGACGGUCCACGAGCGCUUUCACUAAUACAGCUAUCGUUCAUGCUGUUUCCAAUGCAGUCACAGGCUCUCCUUUCAGGGCUAUGUUUGCCCUCGCGUUAGCAUCUUAUCUCUCUAUGUAUCCGAUACUACUAUUUCCACCUCUGGCAUUGCUCUGCUGGGAUCAGGCGGUUCAGAAAAGCAACCAAAAGGUCGGCGGCCUCAAUAUGGGCAUGAAUCUUACAGCUUCGCUUUUUGCGUGCAUAAAUGGAUUUCUUUGGCUUUCAUUCAUGGUCAUGGGCGGCUCAUGGGAUUUCCUUUCCGCAACUUACGGCUUUCACUUAUCAGUUCCAGAUUUGACGCCUAACGUGGGACUGUGGUGGUACUUCUUCAUCGAAAUCUUUGACUCGUUCCGGGAAUUCUUCUUGGGUACCUUUUGGCUGCAGUUGGCUGCCUAUGUCGGUGGCCUGACCCUACGCGUCAGACGACAGCCUCUCUUCGUAAUCACCAGUCUUCUGGGUCUUUUCGCCAUAUUCAAACCCUACCCUAGCAUAUCGGAUGUAUCACUGUACCUUGCCUUCGUACCGCUGUACAGGCAUAUCUUCCCUUGUGAGUCCUUCCAGACUCAAAACACGAUCGAAGCUAACGGCACGCAGUAA